AUGUAUGGGCAAACGUGGCUCAGAGAAGUUCCUUAUACUUCUGUAUCUAAAAUACGAGUAUGUUUAUGCUUUCUCCAAAUACAUUUCCACAAAACAAAUGGACAAUAUUACAACGAUGAUUAUCGUGUAACAGAUGAUGUCGAAGAAGAUGAUUCGGGAAAAUAUUCAGACGAUGAACCACAACAAAAAGAUUACACAAAAUAUUAUGCAAAUGAUAAAUCAUUACCGUUUGGCACUGUAAACAAUGAUGGAGAAACUGCAGCUCAAACAGAUGGUCAAGGAUUCGUAACACCGCUAGAUUUUAGUGGAUUAUUUACUGAUUCACAUUUUGGAUUGGGAAUUGGUGCAAGUAAUGUCAAAAAUGUAUUUGCUGCCCAACCUUUAUUUGGACUGGACACAAGUGCAUCCACAAAUAAUCAUACAGGAUUUGUUUCCCCUCAGGAAUUUAAAUCAAUAUUUGAUGUUGCCUCGUCAGCGUCUGAAUCAGGUUUCCGAGCAAAAGAUUUCCUCGCUCCAAAUUCCAACCAGGAUAGUUUAUCAAGUUUUUUUGCAUCACCCUUUGAUAGUGAAAAAACUUUAGCACCAUCACAAUCCAAAAGUUCAAAUUUACAUAACAUUAAUCCAGGUCCACAUUAUCCAGGUCUUACUGCCCUUCCUCCCACUGAACAAUAUAAAAAAUCAUCAUCAAAUUACAAAAAAUCGAAAUUGAAGCCACAAAACUAUGACCCAGAAAGCGAAGAUUAUUCAAGUGACUAUGUUUCUCCAACAAUAUCUACUGAUUAUAAUGCUCCAUAUUCAUCGAGUACAUUUUCAUCGGACUAUAAUGAUCCAACAGAAUUGAUUCGAACUACGGUAGAACCUCAUUACGGUAAAUCAAGUUACCCAACACCAGCUUCAUUAGAGACAUUGGGAGCUAAAAAUCCAUAUUACCCAACUAAACCUAAUAAAUAUAUUUCAAAUACUCCCUACCAAAAAUAUAGUUUCCAACCAAGCAAUAAAUUUGAUGUUUUAUCUGGCACAGCCUUACCAUCAAACUUACCCUACACUAAAUUUCCGGCACCAACGCUAAGUGCAAAUCGUGAAGACACCGAAAUAGUGACGAGGAAAAAAUGCCGUAAAAUUGAAAAACCUUUACCUACCAAAGAAUAUGGUGGCCAAUCAUCACGUUUUCGUCGUCAAGCAAUGACAUGUUUUGUAUGCAAGGAUGCAAAAUCUGGUGAAACUUACGAACAAUGUUCGUACACAUCCGAACCGAAUCAAAAAGAAUAUUUCGUUGGCCAAAAAUAUAGUAAUCAUGAUGCCAGUCCUUCACAAGCGACAAGUUUUCGAUAUAAACGGUAUGCAAAAAAAUCGAAAUAUGUCAAGAAACAAUACGAUGCUGAAGGUGAAGCCGAAGAUGAUCCAUAUGGUUUAAAAGAUUUAAAAUAUUACGGUUAUAAAUCGCAACCAUCUGAAUUUACUUCAGCCACAUAUAAAGCACCAAGUUUUAAAGAAUACGACCAUACCCAUGAAGACGACAAAACUUAUGAUGAUCCAAAUUAUUAUUCAUUUGAUCCAAUUAUUGAAAGUUAUGCAGCACAACAAUCCGAACAAGUGAAACAAGAUGGUGGCGAUUGUGAAAAAGUUGAAAAGGAUUCAAUGACAUGUUUAGUUUGUAAGAACCCUAAAACUGGGGGUAAUUUUGAACAGUGUUCAUAUGCCUCAAAACCGCAUGAAAAUAAAUAUGCUUAUACCAAAGAGAAAAAAUAUGAUAGUAAUGAUGACGAUAAUGCGGAAGAUUCAGAAGAAACCGCACAAAAACCAGUUGUAAAACCAAAACGAACACAGAACUCGCGAAGAGGUAAUAGAAGGAAGUCAAAUGAAGUUUGUGAAGAUGUUAAAAAAGAUUCGUUAACAUGCAAAGUAUGCAAAAAUUUAAAAACCGGAACAAAAUCAGAAAAAUGUUCAUAUAGAUCGGAACCAGAUCCAAAAAAAUAUACAUAUAAAAAUGAAAGACGGUAUGGCGGUAAAAAACCAAAGCAAGAUCAAAAAGAACAAGAAGGAGACGCAUCAGAGCAUAAAUUAGUAGGUGCAUCAUCCAAUAAUCACGAACACAUCAAAAAUAUUCCCAACGACUAUGAAAUUCCCGCUCAUUUUGAGCGAUCAAUUAACGAACAAAAAAAACUUAAGGAAAAUGGAUUUCAAUCCAGGAGUUUUGAUGUAAGUGACAGUGAACAUGAUAAAACUGGAGAUAGUUCAAAUGAUAAAGAAUAUUAUGAACCAAAAUCAUCAAAAAAGGAUAAGGAUGAACAUUACGAUUACUUCGAAGAUCAAUCUAAGGACAAAGAAGAUGAUAAAAAAGAAUCGAGUACAGAUGAUAAAGAAUAUCAUGCAGAAGCCCCAUCAAAUUAUGAAGAUUAUUUUGCAAAAAUUUUCCCAGAAUAUGCAGCAAUCAAACAAGCGGAACGUGAAGAAGAAGAGGAUGGUGCGGCAUCUGAAUUAAAAGAUAAAACGGAAGAAUUUAAAUAUCCAGAUGAAUAUUUUGCAGAUAGUUCAAGAAAAAAUGUCGAAGAGGUUUUAGCGGAAUUUGCAAAAAAAGAUCGAUCUAAUUGUAAAAAAGUAACAAAAGAUAAAUUAACAUGUUACAUGUGUGUGGAUGAACACGGAAUUAAAAACGAAGAAUGUAUGUAUGUGACGGAAUCACAACCAGUACAAAAACACAUGGCGUACCAUCGUGAAAAAAAUUUUAGGUCAGUACCAGAAAAUCUUCCUGAAUCAUCCUCUAACAUAGAUAGUUCUGCAUCUCAAAUUAUUUCAUCUAACAUUCCAACUAACAUAACGACCACACUAAAACCUACAACCACUAUAUUACCAUCAACUACUUCGAAACGAAAAAAUAAAUUUAAAAAAGUUGGCCGCACUAGUGAAACUGUUACUGAAAUACAAGAUAAUUAUUCAUUAAAUGACUUUAAACCGACAAAACGACCAAAAUUAAUAAAAAGAUCUAUUACGGAAGUAGAAAGUAGAACACUUAACCGCAAAAAACCAUUUCGUAAGGCUGAAGAAUCGCGUAAGAAGGAGAAAAAACAAAAAAUUACUGAAAGUGAUAAGGAUCCUGAACCACCCACACCUGUGGAAUUUCAAGUAGAAGGGUCUGAUGGUGCUUUUGCUUCAGAAUUACAACCCGUAUAUAGUAAAAAAUUGGGUAUAACAUUACCAGCUUUUAUGCUAACAAGAUCUGAACAUGAAGCUUCAUUUGAUGAAGCUGUUGCAUCGGGAUAA